AUUGUUAUUACUAAGAGGUGCGCGAGGUCGCUGUGGCUACGGAGACUCCAGCUCCUGGGACUUGGGUGAUCACCUUGAUACUGGGAAGCAGGGAAGGAGCCCCCUGCCUGAUGUAGAUACUUCUACCUGGCGAUUCCAGGUGCACAGCGAGCAAGCCUCCGCCACAACUCCGGAGUCUCCUCACCUUGGUGGGCUCCGCUUUCCGGCUUCCCUCCUCGAGUAUUUAUUUCGGGGCGCCCACCCGAGGGAGCUGCUGCCCAGACCCGUGGUCGUCUCGGUCCUCGUCCGAAAUAACCAGGUGCCCAGAAGCUUCAGCACUGGUGUCUUCACUUCUCUAUGGCAUUUCUGGUGUCCAUCUUACGAGUCUUCUUGGCCAGUCUUGAAACACUCAGAAAUUAAAAAGAGAAGCCCUUGCUUAUAUACUUCUUGAAAAUUUCCUUCACAUAUGUCUGGAACUUUUGGAAUGAACAUUAGGAUUUGAAGGUGCUAACAAGCACGGAAUAAGCCAAAAGGACAGCUGGAAAGUGAAGAGAGGCCAUGGAAUACCCACCAACCAGAUAAUCAUCCCUGGAGUAAUUGGGAAGUGUCUGAAUGUAGACUGCAGAAGUCCUGAAGGUUGAUGGAGGGCCAUGCUAUUCAAACAGCAGGCGUGGCUGAGACAGAAGCUCCUGGUCCUGGGAAGUCUUGCUGUUGGGAGUCUCCUAUAUCUAGUCGCCAGAGUUGGGAGCUUGGAUAGGCUACAACCCAUUUGCCCCAUUGAAGGCCGAUUUGGAGCCCGAGGUCAGGCUGAAUUCCCUCUCCGUGCCCUGCAGUUUAAGCGUGGUCUGCUGCACGAGUUCCGAAAGGGCAACACUUCCAAGGAGCAGGUUCGCCUACAUGACCUGGUUCAGCAGCUCCCGAAGGCCAUCAUCAUUGGGGUGAGGAAAGGAGGCACAAGGGCCCUGCUUGAGAUGCUGAACCUCCAUCCGGCAGUGGUCAAAGCCUCUCAAGAAAUCCACUUUUUUGACAAUGAUGAGAAUUAUGCCAAGGGCAUUGAUUGGUAUAGGAAAAAGAUGCCUUUUUCCUACCCUCAGCAAAUCACAAUUGAAAAGAGCCCAGCAUAUUUUAUCACAGAGGAGGUUCCAGAAAGGAUUUACAAAAUGAACUCAUCCAUCAAGUUGUUGAUCAUUGUCAGGGAACCAACCACAAGAGCUAUUUCUGAUUACACUCAGGUGCUAGAGGGGAAGGAGAGGAAGAACAAAACUUAUUACAAGUUUGAAAAGCUGGCGAUAGACCCUAAUACCUGCGAAGUGAACACCAAGUACAAGGCAGUAAGAACCAGCAUAUACACCAAACAUCUGGAAAGGUGGUUGAAAUACUUUCCAAUUGAGCAAUUUCACAUUGUUGAUGGAGAUCGCCUCAUCACAGAACCUCUGCCAGAGCUUCAGCUCGUGGAGAAGUUCCUAAAUCUUCCCCCAAGGAUAAGUCAGUACAAUUUAUAUUUUAAUGCUACCAGAGGGUUUUACUGCUUACGAUUUAACAUUAUCUUUAAUAAGUGCCUGGCGGGUAGCAAGGGACGCAUUCAUCCAGAGGUGGACCCCUCCGUCAUAACCAAAUUGCGCAAAUUCUUUCACCCUUUUAAUCAAAAAUUUUACCAGAUCACCGGGAGGACAUUGAACUGGCCCUAAAGUAAUGACAUGCAACACCAUGUGUUGUGCCUGAAGACACACAUUGUCUCCUCUAGAUUAAAAUAUGCACUUUUCCUAGACACAACUACCCAAGUCAUUUUUCCAUGUAUACUUGUACAUAGGCAGUGGGUAACCAAAUAUAAUACCAAUUCUUUUUCUACUGAAAAUUUACAAAAUAAAAUUUGCUGUCUGCAUAGUUGCAUCUUUUAAGCUAUUUACAAAAAAGAAAAGGUGGUGGUAUCGGGGGAAAAGUGACUUCAGCCUUCUCAAAGAGUUAGUCUUCCUUUGAGUCAGAAUUUGUCGCCUGCCAUUUUCAUCGAUUUAAGCCAAAAGAUUAAUGUGUGAAAAUAUACCAAUGGCUGUGAAGCUUCAGGAAGUAGAAGAUUCAGUUAUGCAUUCUUUUCUAAGGAAAACCUGGCUCUUUAAUUCAAAUGGUGAAUUAGUGCCAUGAAAACAUAUAAUACUAUUUUCUUAUUAUUUGAAAAAAAGUCAUAUCUCAUAAAAUUGACAUUGUUCCAAAGUUCCUGUGGUGAUUUUGCACUAUUGUUUUCUUCUGGACCAUCAUGUCACUUAUAGCAUGUCAAUCACACAUUGGAAAGUCAAGUCCUUUUACUUCCAUGUUCUAUGUCAACAAAGAAAAACAUCAUGUACAUAAUGUAUAUUGUUGUAAAUACUGGUUUCACACUAAGUAAUUCUAUUUUGUAAACUGAAUAUGGCUAUUUAAUUUAUUGUGGAAAUUAAAUUUAUUGUGGUAUUUAAAAAUGGAAUGGAUUAAAAUUACUCUAUGUGCAACUAUUUUUUUAAUCAUUUUGUUUUACGUGCCCCCUGCUGGCUCCCUAAAUCGAAAUUGUUUAUGUGCGUUUGAGAGCGCUUGGAAAGAUGUGCCUCUCUGUUGGAUUUCUGUACCCUUGUGAAAAAUAUAUUUGCGAAGUGAAGUUGAGUAUAUUAAAAAAAAUCGCAAUCAUCUAGAAAUCUAGUGAAAUAGCCACCUCAAGACACUAGUGCUGCUCCGGAACAGCAGUUAACUUACUUGAAGUUACUGCUCUGACAGGGGGAAGAGGAGAAAUAUUUUCACAUAAUCGAGGUAUAGAAGAAUCACAAUUUUAUUUGAACCUCUAAUCAGAGUCAGACCAAUGGAGACAUUAAAUAAGAUUAGAAAACUUGUAUAUCAUCUGCACUGAAAGCUGCUGAUGCUUCAAAAAUGAAUACUAACUCUCAGAACUCCCUCUUUGAGAUGAAAAUAUAUCAGUCUGCUCAGAAAUGAUCAAAUUGCAUAGUGUUGCUGUUACUAACAUAAACAUAUGUUUCAUACUUCCAUCCAGAGAAAUUAAUGCUAAAUUGAGUGCUUAUAAGCAUCAGAUACACUGCAUUAUACUUAAAUAUAAUUCCAAAAAAGCAUGGAAAGAGGUAUCAACAGCAACAAAAAUGAAUUUUUACAAUCAUGGUUACAUACACAGUGGAAAACAUACAGAGGGUUUUGUUCAGCAUCACCUAGAGAGUGCCUGGAGAAACUGGCAAAUUAAGUGUAUUCCCUUUUGAUUGUAAUAAGUGUUGAUUUUCUCCAUGAGUUGUUUACCCUGUCCAGUGAUUUGAUGGUGAACUUUUCUAAAUAAAUAGCCCUUUCCCCUC